AUGAAGGAACUUUUUACGGAAACUUCUCAAUAUCGUAACUGGUAUUAUUCAAAAGAACAAUUACAAGAAAUUCGUGAAAAAAACUAUACGUCAGCUGUAAAACGAGUAAAACAAAAGGUGUUGGAAGAAUUUGAAUUGCAAAAACAAAAUUCUGCAAAAUCAACGCCUACACGUGGAGAACAACCUGAACGAGUAAAUUCUCCGCGUAUAAAUCCGUCCGAAAUCGAAUAUUUAAAAAUGGAAGAUGAAUUAGCAUUGUGUAAUUAUUAUCAAACACAAAUCGGUCCUUUGGCAAACCAAUUUCCCGAGGAAAUUCGAAAAAAUAAAUUCACAGAUAAAGUGAAGGCAAGUGCAAUAACAUAUGUAAAGAGAUUUUAUUUGCGGAAUACCAUCAUGGACUAUCAUCCUAGGGAUAUAAUUAUAACUUGUCUUUUCCUCGCUGCAAAAACCGAAUUCUCAUUUGUAGCCAUUGAGGAUUUCAUUAAAUUGUUUCCUAGAGUGACCAAGGAGGUUAUUUUCGAUUUAGAAUUAACAGUUGCGCGAAGUUUAAGAUAUGAAUUUGCUGUCCAUCAUCCGUAUCUUGGGGCGUACGGAUUAUUUCUGGAUAUGCAGACGGUUUUAAAAGAUGCGAAAAAAAUACAAGUCGUAUACGAAAAAUCUAAAGAAUUUAUUCACAGAUCUCUUUUCACUGACACAAUGUUUCUUUACCAACCAUCACAAAUUGCAUUGGCGACAGCACGUAUGGCUGCCAAAGAAAUAAAUCUUGAUUUGAAUAGUUAUUUACGUGCAAAAUUUAACUCAGAACCAGAUAGACUAGAUAAUUUAUAUAAGACACUUGAUGAAAUUGAAAGGACAAUAAAAGAAUAUGAACCCACACCUGUUAAUAAAGCGAAAGAAAUUGAUGCUAGGUUGCAUAAAUGUAAAAAUCCCGAAAAAAAUCCUAAUAGUGCGAUUUCGAGGAAGAGAAAGCUUGAAAGAGAAGGACUUGAAAAUGCUGAUAAUCAUAAAAAAAAAAGAAAUCAAGAUGAAUAUCAAAAAUCUUUAGAAGAUUUCAUACAAAGCGCUACUUCAUCUUAUUACAUACUCGGAAUGUCUUCUGUCACAAGAUCUUCAGAGCCUAUAAGUGUAGAGUGCUACUCUGUAGGUGCUGAAAUUGGUCGGGGAUCUUUUGCAACCGUUUAUAAGGGCUAUAUUAAGAAAACACGUGCACCUAUUGCCAUAAAGUCUGUAUUGCGAUCUAAAUUAACCAGAAAAUUACUUGAAAAUUUGGAAUCCGAAAUACAAAUUCUUAAAGGAAUUCGUCAUGAUCAUAUUGUUCAAUUAGUUGAUUGUAAGAAAACCGAUUCUCAUAUUUACUUAAUUAUGGAAUUUUGUUCUAUGGGUGAUCUGUCACAUUAUAUAAAACGACGUGGUAAUUUAAAUAGCAUCAACGCAGUCGAUCCAGGUGCAAAACCUACCAUGAGUGGCUUGAACGAAUAUGUUGUUCGUCAUUUCCUAAAACAACUAGCAAAUGCGUUGGAGUUUUUAAGAUCACAAAACCUAAUACAUCGUGAUAUCAAACCUCAGAAUCUAUUAUUGCUGCCGCCACCUGCCGAUAAGCAAAAGGAAUCCAUCGUCGGUUCACCUGAUCUUCCAAUUUUAAAAAUUGCUGACUUUGGUUUUGCUCGUAUAUUACCAUCUACUAGUAUGGCAGAGACAUUGUGUGGUUCUCCACUUUAUAUGGCUCCAGAGAUAUUACGUUAUGAAAAAUAUGAUGCUAAAGCUGAUCUUUGGAGCGUUGGUGCUGUUUUGUAUGAAAUGAGUGUUGGUAAACCUCCAUUUAGGGCUGCAAAUCACGUUGAGUUAUUAAGAAAAAUUGAAAUCAGAGGUGAUAAAGUUAGAUUUCCUAAUGAACCAAUUGAUUUAACAGAAGAUUUUCAAUCAAAUCCUACAAAGACAUCUACAACCAAUAAAAACAGUGGUGUAACGUAUCGAGUUAUUAGUGAAGAUAUUAAAGAUUUAAUAAGACAAUUGUUGAAACGUAAUCCUGUCGAACGUAUUUCAUUCGAGGAAUUCUUUAUGCAUGUGUGUGUUGCGGGGAGGUUAGAACCCAUGCAACCAAAGCCUUCUGCUAGAACAGUGCAUUCAAAAAAUAGAACCAGUCAUGAUUCGAAAGGUGUUACUAUAGCAGUAACGACAAACAUCCAGGAAAAUGAACUCAAUAAUAAUCAUGUUAGGGAUAGGUCAAGAUCAUCUCCGGUUCCAGUAACUUCUAAUAGUAACCAAUUGGAAAAUCCACAAAUUCACACUAGAUCUAAUUCAUCCCGUAAAGUCUGUGAAAUAUCACAGAAAGGCAACACAAAUUUGGAUUUGCAAAAACCUUUGAAUUUGGAAGCAAAUCAGAAACGAAGUAAUGAAAAUGAAACUUCAACUGGUCGGUCAAAUGGAGAUGAAUUAACCGGUUAUGAAUUUGAAAGAGAAUAUGUUCUUGUUGGAUCGAAACGGACUGUAGAAGUCAAUGAAUUAGCAGAUGAACUUGCCGCAUCACCAAAACAUCAAUAUGGAAAUAAAGGUGCUAUUGUACUAGCUGGUCUUUCCAACCAAUCAGAUCUCCAAUAUCGUACACCACCACCCAAUGCAAACACUUCAGGAUCUUACCUUCUUUCGACAACGCCACCUUUCGCUUUACCCAUUACUAUAAAUCACGAGAGGGCCAAUUCCGUUGGUAGCAACAAUAGCGCGUCAUCAGCUCUAGCGAGGGCUUUAUCUGCCGCUUCAGAUCGUUUGUUUGGAACAGGCAACUCUCCUCCAUCUUGGAGUGACAAAUAUUCAAAACAUAAAGGGAAUGCUAUUGUAAUUCCUUCCGCUGAUUUGAUGAAUGAUCCCGCAGAGGAGGCAGUUGUUAAAACAAUUGAAGAACAUGCACAUAAAGCGUAUGUCAUUUUCCAGUUCGCUAAAACGAAAUUUAAUAAACUCUUGCCACCACCGCCAUCAUCCAGUAGCGACAUGGUGGAUGAUACGCCUGUCUCAGAUAAUGUAGCCGUGGUAUUCGCGGAGGAAGCGUUUGUUUUAUAUUUAAGGGCACUUGCUUUUUUGCAGGCUGCCAUGGAUAGUGCUAAAGAAUAUUGGACAAAUGUAGGAGAAAAGAAUUCAAAUUAUCCUGGUGGAAAACGAGCUUCUCCAAGAUUAAUUGCUGCUGUACAAUGGGUUCGUGCAAGGUUUAAUGAAUGUUGUGAUAAGGCAGAAUAUGCUAAAUCAAAUUUUCCAAUCGAAGAAAAUGUUAUAGUAGAAAGACUUCUCUAUGAUCGAGCACUUGAAAUGAGUCGCCAAGCAGCCGUCAAUGAAUUGGUUGGAGAAGACUUACCUGCAUGUGAAAAAGCGUAUCAAUCCGCUAUUUACAUGUUGAAUAGUAUUCUAGAUGUUCCUCCAUAUUCCGAAGAAAUGAUCGGUAAUGAUGAUCGAAAAGUUAUAAAUAGUUUUAUUAAGGAAAUUACCAAACGAUUAGGUUCAUUACAAAAGAAAUUGGUUAAUACAGAAAUCCCAGUAGUAACAGGUCAAAAUGGAAGUCUCGGAUAA